AUGAUGCUUUUCAAUGCAUCGGUUUAUCCAGCUCUCUCCUCUGUUAUAUCAAUUGGCGCCCUGAAUCUUUCACCCCCAACAAAUUAUCCGGUGUUCAUCUUUGGAACGCUAAGCUAUAUAGUCAUAGUCUUUUUCAACACUGUGGUUGUCUCUGUUAUCGCACGGAGUAAAGAGCUGCAUAAGCCCAUGUAUAUCCUACUGCUGAACAUGCCGCUGAACGACCUGGUGGGCGCCACAGCCUUCUUCCCACAGAUGGUUUUCAGUCUCGUGACCCAGAACAUUUUCCUGUCUCACUUUGCGUGCGUCCUGCAGGCGUUCUUCAUUCACCUGUAUGGUGCCGGAGCGUUGCUCAUUUUAACGGUCAUGGCGUACGACAGGUACGUGGCCAUUUGCAGGCCACUCAGGUACCACGCCAUCUUCACCAACUCCUACCUGGUGAAAAUCAUUGUCAUCAUGUGGACUAUAGAUCUGACCCUUAUCCUGAUUCUCUUUGCGCUGCUCAGCCGACCUAUAAUUUGCCGCACGGAGGUGUUGGAUACGUUCUGCCACAACCCUGCGUUGGUCCGGAUGACUUGCGAUGACACACGGGUGAAUAACUUCUACGGUCUGUUCAUAACAGCGUUUUUCCAGGGCCUGUCGAUUUCUGUGGUGCUCUACACUUACUUCCAGAUCCUGAGGGCCUGCGUGUCUGGAAACAAAGCCAAGGCCAGGAGCAAGGCGCUCCAAACCUGUGCCACGCACCUGGUGGUCUUCCUGAUUUACGAGAGCACCAUUCUGUUCAAUGUGCUUUCGGUUCGCAUGCAGGGUGUGUCGCCGUACCUGAGGAGGUUCUUUGCGGUGAUGAUGCUUGCCUUUCCACCUUUUGUCAACCCACUGAUUUAUGGACUCAAGACUAAAGAAAUCAAACAGAAAAUUAGGAGAUUAAUGAAGUCUAUUCAACCCAAUCCUUAA